AUUAAUUGACAGUCUAUAUUAUAUGUCAUUGGCCUCCUACUCCAACUUAGAGCCGUCAUUUUGACAAUUUUAGCUUACUUGCCUUUUUAAAAAUAUUUUUUAAAACCUAAAAUUUCAGGCUGUGUUUUGCAAUAUAAAUGAAUGAUUUCAUUAUAUUUAAUAAAGUUUCUUUUAUUUAGAACUAUUGAAUCAUAUGAUAUUAUCAGUCAUUAUUCCUUUGAAAAUUUAAAUAGUAAAUGUGAAAUUGAUGUUUUAUGUUUUGAGAAGAAUAAUGUUUUUUGUUUGGGAAAUCUCAUGCCAUAUAAUUCUAUAGGAAGUGUUAAUAAUACUCCUAAUGAAUACGCUAUUCAAAAUUGGAAUGUAUUAGAGAAAAUCCCCAAGUGCUGGCCUUAUAUUCAGUUUUAUCUGUGCUCCUAUGCUUAUCCAUUAUGCAAAAAUAAUAAGAUUCAAGUUUUAAGUGUAAGUAAUUGUAGAUUGAUUAAGUAUUCAUGCCGAUUUCUUCUCAAAAACUAUAACCCUUAUUUUUUGAAUUGCUCUUUGUCAUCAAACCAAUGUCCAAGCUCAAUGUAUAAUUUUGAAAACAGUAGUGAAUCACAUAGUUGCUUAUCACCAUUAGUUUAUUCAAACGUGUACCAAAAAUGGCAUAAAGAUAUAGAUUUCUGUGGCUACCCAUGCAAAUUAAAUUCAUAUAAUUAUGAUUUUGAUAAAGUUUUUUAUGGUAUUUAUACAGCAUCAAAUUUUCUUACAAUAAUAUAUUAUUUUCUAAUAUUGAUAAUAUUUAUUAUGAAUUUUAAAAAACAAAUGCUAAAUUAUAUCAAUUUGCCCUUAUUUAUUGGAAUUAAAUUGAAUAUCCUUUCAAUUAUUCCUUGCUUGAUGGUGAAUUAUGAGAAUAUAAGAUAUAGCAUUGCAUGUUCAGCUGAUGGAACUUCUAGAAGCUCAAUUACAAAAAACGACAUCACAACUCCUUGCAAUUUAUCUUUUAUUCUAAUAUAUUUUUCUACUUUGUCUUCUCAAAUAUGGAAUUUGAUUAAUACAAAUCAAUUGUCAAGAAUGAAAAGAAAAAAUAAAUCUUAUUUAUUGACAAUUCACUGCAUUGCAUGGGGAAUACCACUGGUUUUGCUCAUACUAACAUACGCCUUUUCACAAAUUGUUGGAAGCUAUAGAUUGGGAAUAUGUUUUUUGAAUAUUUCUACAAACAAAUUUGACUUAUUUAUACUGGUUCCUAUAUUCAUUAUAUCACUAUUAGGUAAAGAUAAAAGUGUUAUUAAAGGGGAGUUUUACUUUUGGUUAAUCUGUUCGAUCAUUAUCAUUAUUUGUUACUUUAUCAAAAUUAGUGUCACAGUCUUGGAAAACAGUUGGCAUGAGAACAAUUUCGAUAACUAUCUUUGGUGCCAAAUAUAUACAAAGAUAAAUUAUCCCAAUGCAAAUUACCCUGGUUUAAAUGAAUGCAAAUUAAAAUAUUUGGAUGCCGACGAUACUUCGAUUCGCACCUUCUACAUUUUAGCCUGCACUUUAGUUUUUAUAUACAGAAAUUUAGUGGGCACAAAGAUUUUAUGGAACAUAUGCUCUUCAAAACUGUAUCAGCUCAGAUCUUCUCAAACCGGAGAUAUAGAUAGUGAUCCAAAUAAUGACAGUGACUGUGAUUAUGAUGAAAAGGACGAGUUUAAAAACGAGAAAAAUACUAAGAACUGUUUAUUGCUAUAUGCUGAAAAUAAUUCCGAAACCCAAAUGAUAAAUUCUUGGGGGAACCAACUUCAAUAUCUUCCAUCUAUUCCUGCUUAUUUUGAUCAAUAUGAUCUCAAGGCACUAAUACUACAUAAAUACGCACGGUUUAACCAAUGUUAUUGUGUUCCAAUUUUCCCUGAUUUAGAUUAUCAUCAUAAAAACUUUUCUCAUUAUUAUAGUAUGUGCUAUUCUAGUAAUAAAAUAUACGUUGAUGGUUUUAACAACUCAACUAACAUCUCUAUGAAUGGAUCAGCAAUCUCAAGUAUUGAAACCCUAAAUACACCCAAUAAAUAUUCUACCAAUGACUCAUCAAAUUAUAUACCUCCAUAUUCUCCCGCUAUUUAUUUUUCGGAACCCUUUUUAAACAAUCGUAAUUAUCUGCUUUGUAAUAGGAAUUGUAAGGGCUUAAAGAAUAAUAAAGCAGAAUACAUUUUACAUAAUAAUUCAGAAAUAUGUGUUAAUAACAUGAAUUAUAAACAUAGAUAUUCCAUUAUGAACUCCAAGAUCAAAAAUAAUUGUAAUAAUUGGCAUUCAAAAGACUCUCAAUCGAGCCUACAUGAUAAUAAUAAUAAUUCAUAUAUUGAGAACAAUUUAUCUAAAGCUCAGGUUAUAUUCAAUAAACGCCAAAUAAUGAGACGUUAUUAUAGGAUAGCUAAGAAACAAUACAAGAAAAGACUCAGUUGA